AUGAAGACAAUAAUCAUUGCCUUAGCUCUUAUAGUUUUAGUCUCAGCAACAUAAGCUGAUGUUAUUGCUACAAUAAAAAAGAUUGAUAAAUCACCAUUUGGAAGAACAUUAUUUGAUACAAUCUGGUUAGAGCUUUAAACAGGAGAUCCCUUGGAUAGAUUACUCCAAACUUUGACUGAUUUGGAAGACAGAUAUGUUGCUGAAUAAAAGGAAGAUGAUGCUAGAAAUCACGAAUAUUAAGAUGCAUGCACAGUUGUAAGAUAAUUAUAUUAAAUAUUUAAUAGGAUAUUUCAGCAUUUGAUAGAGAUUUGGCUGAAUCAAACAGAAAGAAGAUUGAAUUAGAAGCUAGAUUAGAAGGAUAAUUAUAUCCUUAAAGAGGAAUAUUAUAAGGAUUGGUUGCUUAAAAAUAAGCAGAAGUCAAGGGAUAUUAAAGAGAUUUAGAUGAACUUGAUGCUUAAAGAGCCGAAGAGAACGCUGAUUUUGAAGAGAAAGUGUUAGAACAUUAAGAAGCAACAGCUAUAAUUGCUGAGGCUAGAAGACUUUUUGCUGAUAAUAUUGAACAUGAAUCUUUAAUUUAAAAAGGAAAAGCUACAAGAUAACCAGUUCAUAAAUUCACAAAGGAAAUUGCUAGUAUGAUUUAAAAGCAUUUUAAUUAAAGUGCUAAGAAAACCGCUAAAUUUUAACAUAGAAAAGGAUACAGUAAAUUAUUCAAAGCUUUUGCUACAAUAGCUUCUAAAGUUGAAUAAUUAGCUGAUGCUGGAGCUGUUUCAAAGAUAAUUGAUUUAGCAGAUGAAUUAUUAGCUAAGAUAGCUGAUUCAUUAUCAUUAUUAAGAUUUGCUGAAGAUAAGAGAGUUGAAGCGUAUAAGAAAUCGAGAAACUUUGUUGUUAUUUCUAUUACUGUAGCUGGAACUGCUCUUGCUAAUGCCUAAUCAGAUUUGGCUGCAUUAAAUGAUGUCAUUGCCUAAGUUGAAGCUUCUUUAGAUACAACCAACUAAAGAAUUGAAAAUGUUAGUGCUGAUAGAAAUGAUAGAUUUACAUAAUGCGAAGAAGCCGUUUAAGACUAUUAAGAUGCAAGAGCUGCCAGAACCUCUGACAGAGAUGUUGUUUCAUAAACUAUCGGAUUAGUUAAUAAGGAAUUAAGAACCUUAAGAGAAUAAUUAGCUUUAAGAUAAUCAGCUGGAGAAGAAAUCUGA